CGCAGCCCGGCCUUAUCCGUGCCGUGCCCGGCCCUUUCCCCUCUCGCCCUCGGCGCCGCCUCAAACGGAGGGACAAACCGCCGCUGAUGGCGGGAAGAGGCCGGGCUUCCCUAGAAAGGCUCCCCGGGGCGUGGCCGAGCAAAGCAGGAAGGAUUUUCUACACAGCCCCGUUGACACCGCCACACAGACACCCCAGCCCGAGCCGGAGCCGCCGCCACCGGGCCUCUGCUGUCUUGUCUGGCCAACUCAGGCGGGGAGAUGGCCUCUGAGGCGAGGGAGAAGCGGCGGCUCCCGCCCGGAGGCCCGUGAGAGGAGGGAGCUCGGCGGCCAUGCGGCGCCUUCGGAUGCCGCUGCUGUUGCUCUGGCUCUGGCUCUGCGACCUGAUGCUGCUGCUUUCUGCGCCCGCCCCAGAAUCUUCUGUCUUACCAGCACCACAGAAUGUGAGGAUUGAGUCCUACAAUUUUAAGCACGUAUUAAGAUGGUCUCCAGUUCAGAAUAUCAAUGGUACAGUGUUAUCUAGUAUUCAACGUCGUGUUCAGUCAGUGGAACAUUGGGAAGACAUGAACUGUACAAAUAUUAUGAAGCAUGAAUGUGUUUUUGAUACCAAGCCUUUUUGUAGAAUCAUUUUACGUAUUAGAGCUGAACAGGGGGAAUUAAGAUCUGCUUGGAGUGAAGCUGGUCCCUUUCAAGCAGCAAAAGAUGCUAUCUUGGGACCUCCACGAGCAAUAAAUGUAACCUCAGAAGGAAACUCAAUACUUCUAAGGUUUUUGCCUCCCACAGAGCAUUCAAUGAAUUUUGAUUACGUAAUAUACUACGGGGAGAAGUCAUCAAGUAUAAAUCAGAAAAUUCACAGACAGGAUACAGAAAUCAAAUUCAAGAAUCUAAAGGAAAUGACAGAGUACUGCUUUCAAGUACAAGCAACACUCGAAAACAAGGAAGGAGAAAUCAGUGACCUUUACUGCAAAGAAACUCAAACCACUGAGACAAGUCGAAUUAUUUCCAUCGUAGGUAUAUUUGGAUCAUUAGUUACCCUAACAGUUGCAAUAUUUUUAUGUUUGCUGGCUAUUCGGAAGUAUAAAAGUGUGAUUAAAUCUCUCUGGCAACCACCUCUAAGAAUACCAUCCCAUUAUGAAGAGGACCUACUAAAUGCUGGAAUGGUGAUGGAAGAUCAAUUCCGAAAUUGUACAGAAAACGACCAUUCAGAUACUGUGUCAGUAACCUCUAAUGCAAGUCUAAGCCAAAUGCAGACAAACAGCUCUACAAAUGAAAAUCAAGUACAUAUAUCAGAAGUAGAAGAACAUGGAUGACGAUUUGUACAUUAGCUUCAUUUCACAUCAACUGUGGCUGAACUUAACGCCCACUUGUGGAAUUU